GUGCCACUUGUUCAGUCUGUGGUGAAGUUGGAGAGUGUUAGCACCGGCCGUCAUGAUGUGGGCCGCAAGUGCCAGUGAAAUGGGUUAUGAUGAGUUUACUAGAAAGCUAUAAGAGAAGUUGGGUAUACAGUGAGGAGAGGAGUGUGUAAUAGAUAGAUAGUGAAAGGGAGUGUAAUAAAAGCCCCUCAAAGCCUCUGUAUCAUGAGUAAAACCUUUGGAAAAAUCGUCCUCCUCAUCUCUGGCCCAAACCAUCAUCACUGUUGAAUCACGUGUUAAGUGUUGGUGUGGAAUAUUUGUUGAGAGAGGAUUUGCACAAAGUUAAUAGAAUUCCUCUGUUGAGUGACAUAACGUGGCUGUGUUAUUCUUGCGGACCUCGGAGAACUAGCCAUCAUCACUUGGAAGCCAUUGGGUGGUGACCAUGGCACUAUAAGCCUCCUCCCCCUCAGGUCGACCCAACCCCGGACCAGGUGGGGCGAGCAAGAUGGUUGAGCGGCGGUGUUGGCGAGGCCUUGUGAAGAUGGCGGCCCUGGAGUACACUCCCCCAGUGCUGGUGUUCCCUCGCGAGCCUCCCAGGUUCCCCCUGCCUGCCUAGGCCGGAGAUCCAGGCUCCGGCUGACUCUGCCUCUCUGCUGGCUACAGAGAGAUCUGCCUACUUCUGAUUCCACGCGCUAGCUCUUCCUGCUGGCCACGCCGGCCAAGAAUCGUCCGAGUGUGUUUCUCUAAUCAUGUAAUUCUGGUGUGGCCUCACUUGGCUGGACUCGUUCAACCUUCCUCACUCACAAUGUCGGACUUAUGAACUCUUCAUGGAUAGAGAAUAUCAAAUUGUAAAAAGUAAAUAUAUACAUAUAUACACAUAUAUAUAUAUUUAUAAAAUCUGCCUCAAACCUGAGAAAGGUUGAGGGUGUGUAAAACAAGGAUCUAAAAAUAGAGUAAAGUUAUUUAAGACUACCAGAACAUCGGUGGUUGGCACGCGCUAAUUCCGCUCUUUCUUCUUCCCACGCGCCCGUAGAACUUUUAACGCUUGGUCAAAGUGCAGUGUUUUAAACUGGCUGUUGUUGUGGUGCUCCCGUCAUUCCGCCACAGUGGCAGGGGUGGGCGGGGGCACGGCGCUGGCUGGAGGGGCAGGCCCUGAUAAUAUGGCCGACUUCCAGCAGGGCCGACAAGUUGUUGUUGAUCGCCUCAAGCGACGCCUAGGACACUACCGUGAGAACCACGACUCCGUCACCAGCCGAUUCGAUACGACCAUCGAAACGGUGUAUGCCGACCAGCAGAAACAGACGAUCCUGCUGAAACAGAGACACAUAGAGUCCAAGGCUAAAAAGACGAACAAGAAAAACACAGAUAAUAAGAAACAGGACAAUUCAUCUUUAUUGGCCACAAUGGGGCAAUCAAAGAUGCUAGCCCGUGGGCACGACCAGACCACGUCGUCUGGCGAGACCCACGAAAAUGAACCCGCCGCCAAAAAGCAACGGCUGAACAAUGGUGCUCCACCUCAUGGUGGACCCAUACAUGGCACCCCCUCCCACGGUGGUGGUCCUCACGGCGGGCCUCCACAUGGGGGUCCCAUCCAUGCUGGUGCAUCACAGUCCAGUGGAGCAACAGGGGACAUCAAUGACUUCCAGAUGGUGCAGCAACUUCCCAGUAUAAAAAAGACAGAUUCCCCUGUGCCUACAGGUGCAACUACCUCUGCCUCUAAUGGCCCUGCUAUAGAAGAUGUUAAGAAGGAACAGCAAGACCUAGACAUUACUCUUCUUGAUGACAUCGAAGACUUUAGUAACAUUGGUGACAUUGAAGACAUGGGAAUCAAUUUUGAUCAGUUUAUGAGUGAUCUAGACUUUGACAAUAUGAAACAAGAAAAUAGUAAUUCUGGUUUGGGUGACUUUGUAAAAGAGGAAUCCGUAGACAAUUUAUUUGAUAAUGAACCCUCUAGUGUAAGUAGUGACAGUGGUGUUGCAAGUGGGAAUGCCAAUGCCCAGAGUCCCCAAGUAGCCAUGAGUAAGGCAGGUGGCACAUCCACCACCUCAGCCUCUCCUGUGUUUUCACAAUAUCCGGGAACUCCCCCAGUGUCUCAUACCUCCACCCCACCUACCUCCUUCACCCCCACCUCAUUCAUACCCACCUCCACCUCUAAUACAUCUGGCUCCCCAACUCCAUUCUCUGCUACCAGUAGUGUGCCAAAAUUACGUAUGAGCAUGGGUCAGUCGGACAUGAUUCCUGCUGCCCAGACUCUAAAACAAAUGGCUGAGCAACACCAGAUCAAGAUGGUGGCUACUGGACCUAAUAACGUUCGGCCAGGGUUUGCUGACUAUCAAUUAAAUAACAUGAACAACCCUGCAGGCCCUGGCAUGAUGGCUCAAACAGGGAGCAUUAAUAAUCAAAUGUACAGUAGUAACAUGAAUCAAACAAAUGCCAUCUACAACAAUCAAAAUAAUGGUAUGAAUGAAAUGGAAAUGAAAAAGCGUCAGCAAUUAAUACAACAACAAAUGGCACAACAGCAGCAUCAUCAGCAGCAGCAACAGCAGCAGCAGCAACAACAACAGCAGCAGCAACAACCACAGCAGCAACAACCACAGCAACAACAGCAGCAGCAGGCCCAGCAACAACAACCGGGGGCACAACAGCAAGCACAGAUGCCCGGGGGAAUGGUGCCCUAUGCAAAUCGUAUGUCACCCAUGGCCUCUUACUCCAAUUCUUCACAGCCUGGAACCCUCAACCCUCAACAAUAUCAGAUGGCUGGAGCUAUGGGUACGGGCGUAAGGGGUUCUUAUCCUGGAGGACCCCGGGGUCAUUCACCCAUACCACCAGGGUCACAGGCAGGAGGACCUUCACCCAUGACUGCUGGGGCACAGCUGGGUGGUCAGAUGGGAGCAGAUGGCAAAAUGAGUAAUGAGAUGUUCUACCAGGGCCAGAUGAGUGGGCAGUAUGCAAUGAGCCAGCCACAACCCCCACGAUAUCCUGGCCAACAGAUGAUGGGACCAAACACCAUGAUGCGACACGUGAAUCCAGCGGGCAGUCAGAUGGUGGGACAGGCCAACCAGAUGAUGUCUCGUCCUCCUCCUCCUGAAUAUCGGCAGGUGGCAUUAUUACAGCAGCAGCAGCAACAGAUGAUGGGUCAGCCUAUGCCUCAGCCAAUGGGCCAGAUGGGGCAGAACAUGGGUCAGAUGAGCUACCCAGGCAUGAGACCCAAUAUGAGACCCAAUAUGGUUAGUGGUCCCAUGGUCAACAUGAUGGGUGGUAUGACACAACAAACAUUACCCCCUAAUAUGCCCACCAUGAAGCCUCCUGGUAUGGUUCCUACCACUACCAUGAAUCCUUCUUCUAGUAUGCCCAGUAGCACUAUGACAGGGGCUACCAUGCCUACCAUGAGUGUGGGCACUAUGUCAGCCAGUAAUAUGAAUAAUAGCUUAGGUCAGGUGAGCUCAGCAGGUUCCCUGGGUAUGGUUAGUCGCACGCCCAUGCCCAGUGCUGGCAUGUUACAGCGACCCAGACCACCUAAUGUUAACAUUGGGCCAGGACCUGGUGGACUCAACAUUGGAACGCAGAUGCCGCCAUCGAGACCAGAAUGGCGGCAGAUCAUGAUGCAGGGAGGUCAGGGUAACAUGCAGAUGAUUGGACCAAUGAGGGCAGGAUAUCCCCAACAGCAGCCACAGCAAGGUGCCAUGAUGGGCCAGGGCGGUCAGAUAAUUGGGAUGCAACGGCCACCCAGUCAGAUGAUGAAUAUCAUGGCAAUGCAGCAAGGCCCAUCUAUGCAAGGUGGGCCUGGGAUGCAGGGCACACCAGGUAUGCAGCCGGGACCAGGUAUGCAGCCUGGUCCUGGUAUGCAGCAAGGGCCUGGAAUGCAGCCUGGUCCUGGUAUGCAAGGUGGACCAGGAAUGCAAGGAGGACCAGGAAUGCAAGGCGGACCUGGUAUGCAAGGAGGACCAGGAAUGCAAGGCGGACCAGGAAUGCAAGGCGGGCCCUCUAUGCAAGGAGGUCCAAGAAUGCAAGCUAAUAUGGUUGCCUUGACCCAGCAGGGCCAGGCAGAAUCAGCCAAGAUACAGCAGACAGCUCUUUCAAGUGUCAAAAAGGUACGAAUGGGUAUACACAUGAGCCAGGCUGGAGGUAUGGGUGGUGCUCAGGUUACAUCUCAGUACCCAGGACAACAAGGGCAGAUGACCUCUAUGGGACAGAUGCCUGCAGGACCUAACCAGAUGUUGACCAAUCCAGCUGCCCAAGCCAGAAACCCUGCUGCUAUGGCUGGUAUGCCUGGUGCUCGCAGCCCAGCAGCCAUGGCUCAGAUGAGUGGAACUGGCCAUCCCAUGAGUCCUGCCAACAGGGGCCAGAUGGGUGGGGCCAGUCCAGUAAACAUGGCGCAAAUGAGUGGUCCUGGUCAAGCUCCCAGUCCAGCCAACAUGGGGGGCAUGACACAUCCACGGUCUCCCGCUACAAUGGGCCAGAUGCACCCUCGCAGUCCAGCAACAAUGAGUCAGGGUGGACCGGCAAGACCACUGAGCAACCCUGGCAUGGGUCAGGGAGGCCCAACACGACCUCUGAGUAACCCGGGCAUGUCUCAGCAGCAGGGGCAACAACCAACACAGACAUCAGCAGCAGGAGCAGCGCUGGCAGGUCAAGCUCCCGGGAGUACCGCAGGGCCCAUGAAUCGUGGGUCACCCGGUGGUAUGAACCAAAAUCCUGGUGGCAUGAACCAAAAUCCCGGCAGUAUGAACCAAAAUCCUGGUGGCAUGAACCAAAAUCCUGGCAGUAUGAACCAAAAUCCUGGCAGUAUGAACCAAAAUCCUGGUGGCAUGAACCAAAAUCCUGGCGGUAUGAACCAAAAUCCUGGUGGUAUGAGCCAAAAUCCGGGGGGUCCCGCUGGCCCUCGACCAGGUCAGAGUCCCAUGAACCAAGUACAGCCCAUUCAGGGUCCGGGCAGCGGUCCACAGGCUAAUAUGAACAUGAGCAGGGUGAAAGGUGGCUCUACAUCAGUGAAUAGUGGACCUAAUGCACCUCAAACCUCAGUGGCUAAUCAGAGGCCUGCAAACGAUGGUAAUAGCAGUGUACGGACAUCACAACCAUCUACGCCCAACCCACCCACCUCUAGUGGCAGUGCACAGCCAGACUUUGAAUUUGACUUUGGUGAAUUUGCCUCUUUGAUAAACGAUUAAGGUGGUUAUUGGGCACGGGUUUGGUGCCUCAUGUCAGUGCUGUAUAUAUGAAGCAUUCCUUUAGAAGUGUUAUAUAGUGUACAGUCUUAAUUAUUAUAAUUAUUAUUAUUAUUAUUUUAUUAUUAUUAUUAUGUCGAUAAUUAUCAUUGAAUGGUCCAAGAAUUGCGAGAGAACAAGAGUAAUGUAGUGUAAUGAUGAGGACUUGCCAUAUCAUAUAGUCUUACUGCCAAGUAUUAAAAACCCCAUACCACCACAAGAGAGCAGCUGUGUCGACACCAGCAGGAGUGCUACAUUCCAUAAUCCCUGUACUGGGGCAGAGCUAAAGUCUUCACACUCAGUAUGUGGCAACUACAAUGUUUUUAGCCAAGCCCAUGAGCCAUUAUUGUAUCAACCUUGGAAAGUGAAUUGGGUAAAAGACAAAAUUAUUCAUCAUGCUUUGCUCAUUAAAACCAAAAGACUGAACUGUGAUCUGGGAUGUAAUCCAUGGUUGGUGGUGGAGCUGAGGAUCAUGAUCUUGAUUGUAAGAGAGGGAUGAUGUGCCUGAGUAGCCACCAUGGGCUUGACAUAGUUAGCUGGCUUAAUCACAUUUCCUCUCCAUGACAUGGGCCUUGGAGUUCUACUUUUUGUUAUUAUUAUUAUUCUCGGUUUUAUUUGGUAAAUAUCGUGUACUAAAGGUGAUGCAGAAUCUAUUGGAUGUCUUGUAUGGUACCUAAUGUUACUUGUAUAUAUGUCAAAUAUCAGUAUAUCUUACAAAAGUACAUACAUAACUCAGAUGAUUUAGAACUUCAAGGCCCUCUUUGUGCCAAGUAUGUGUACAAAACUUAUAAUUUGUGACGUGAACAAGUUCUGUUUUUAUUACAAAGACUGUCCUGUAUUGUCAACUGAGAGUGUUGGUAUUUAUAUGCCCCAGCAAGGUGACUGUAGCUGUGUACUCUAAUAUAGGUGGUUUUGUAGAGUUUUCCUACUACUGUAAAUUAGCAUCACAAGGAACACACUUUAUAUUAUUUUAUUUUAUUUUAUUUUAUUUUUUAUUUUACUGGAUAGACUUUCCACAACCAUCACACUUCCAUUUUCUCCUUCCUCAGCCUCCACCAUUAUCAUUACCAUCACCAUCCCCACCUCCUUGUUUAGUGAUGCCAUGUGUCCCAUAAUGCAGUGCAAAGGCACUUGGGAGAGAUGAGCUUCAACUAUAGAAUUUAUUGGUUUGAAAAUUUUAAUAUGUAGAUAUAAAAUUUAGAAAAAAAAUCCCUCGGCACUAAAGCGUUCAGAGUAAUUGUGACGAGAUUAAAGAAUUGGAUAAUCAUCUCCCGAGCCGUGGUUUACCGCUAGGAACCGAAGUGCAAUGGUAAGAUACCGAAGCUCAGCAUGCCUUAUUUUCCACUCGCACACCUCCAUCUCCCUAGCACCAGUGGCAUUGGACGUGGUAGCUGCGACUUGUGCCGUGUGUCUGGACAGUGAUUAGUCACCAGUAUUAUCUUCAAAACUCCGGCACACUGCACUAGAUGCUUUGCCCUGCCAGUCUGCCCGAAACUGUUGUCUAUGCAGUAUUAGUACCAUUGUUUAUUUUCUCAUAUUUGACGAGGAUUUUUACCCUGAAGGUUUUUUAGAAUUAUUGUAUUGUAAUUACCUUUUCAAAAUGUAUAAGGGACCAGUUGGAGGAUUCAUACUUGGCACAGUAGUGUUUUUCUUGCCUGCGUGUGAAGGAGACACUUGUAGCGUGUCUGUGAGCCCAAAAAUGUGGUCUAGGUUUCAAAGCUGCUAAGAGACUGAUUUUUGUGCCCACAGACACACAGUAGAUGCUCAAUUUACACUUAUAGACUCCUAAAACAUUAUUUUACCAACUUUGAAUCCCUGAACUGGGCCCUUGAAAAGAUUUGGAGAUGUAGGCAUGAAGAAGCUUCACUUUAACACUGGAAAGAAACACAAAACUGUAAACUAUUUUUAUAUAUGACUUGUGCAGCAUAGGACAAGAAAGACAUUGUGCUGAACCUGCAACAUUGCAUCAUAUUCCUGUCAUAGAAAAAAUAAUAGAUUCUGUUGGUUUAUGCCGUACAUUUCUACCAUUUUGUACAGUAUAAUCUUCACCCAGUGAUUCUCAGGUAUUUUUGCAGAGACCCAAACUUCCAAACCAGUCCCCCACAUAUAAUUAUAUAUUUAUUUAUCUUCUUUAACCAUUUACAUGGUCUCUCUUUAGUUUUUCUUGCUUAUCAGUAAUCUCUUUCUCAAUAUUAUUGUUAUAUUCUGGAGCCUAUUCAGGGAUAUGACAUUUUUCAGGUGCAUUUCCUUCCAUGUUCUUUUUCCCUCUGGGUCUGUACGGCAAAACCAACCGAAAGGCAUGAGAAGCCCUCUGCUGUAAUCCUGCAACGAGAAUCACACCCUGCAGAUGUAUACCAUGACAACAACAGAGAAGGGAAUAGCAUAAGGUGUACCCAGAGACUGAUAUAUGUAGUAUAUCCUGCCAGAGUAUUAGAUGACGGUGGUAGUUGUUGGGCGUGCUUCUCACAGUUGUGUGGGUGGCAGUACGGCAGCGUGAACACAGGUCCUUCCUCGAGUGCGUGCUACGUGUUCGCCAGUGUACAAACUUGUAGGUACUAGUCCAUCAUAUAAAGGAUGAGGGGAAAAUGUUGACCUGCCCACCUCUAUUCAUUUUCUAGGAGAUGAUCUGAGCAUUUCUUGAAGGAAAUAACUUUCUAGAAAGUAUAAUAAAUUAAAACAUAUUCCCUUUUAUAUACAGUAAAUAGUGAGUCGUACCGAAAGUCCUCUAAAAAAUGUUACGUUCUCUUAGCGAAAUGAUUUCUGGUCAGAGCAGGAGCUGCCCUUCAGACGUGCCCAGUAAGUCAGUGAAAACAUAGGUUGUGUAGCAAGUAUCUUUUCCAGAAGACAUAUUUUCUAAAUGUUUGUUAAAGUUCAAGUGUACAAAUUUAGCCUCUAUUUUAAAGGCAGUGUGUUUUCACUGAUUUUUGGUACAUCAGGUUUUAUAAUGCAAAAUAGAAGUUUGUGCAUACUGAUGUGACACCAUCAUGAAUUAUGAGUUUUUGGUAAUUUGAGUAACCAGUGUUUAUAUUCCAGCUCUAAAUACUGGAAGUGAGCAUCAACAGCCAGUUACCAAAGUCUAAUAAUUGAUGGUUCAAUCACAGUUAAUGAUAAAAAUGGGCAUCAAAGCAUUUUACUACUUUACUUCUGUCUGAUAUUUCUUGAAGUUAAAUCGAUAGUUACAUACGAUAAUAUGAAAUCUUUAUAUUUUGGAUUAGUUUUAAAAUUUGCAACAUGAUAUUUUAGAAAUGAUCUUCUUGAGUAAGUUUGGCAAUGCGACUCAUUUUUUGCAAAUCAUUGCACGAGUAAAGUUGAAUUAGUGUGAGGCUGAUUUCAACAACAGAUUAUUUACAAAUCCUACCUAAGGAGUAAGUUGCUGCUGCACACUUAUUAUUUUUAAAGACAAUAUCCAUUUUAUGAAAGUCUAAUUUUUAUUUUCUUAAUGUACUUAAUUUAUAUUAGUUUUAUAAUAUUAUAUCAAAGUUGUUAUUUUGUACAUUACAUAUAUUUGCAGCAAGUUGCAAAAAAAUUCUUUGACAUACGAUUCUUUUCAUUAAUUCAACCAGGUAUUUCUGGUGAUUGGAAUUUAAAGUAUUUUGUCUCUAUCUCUCUCUUUCUCACUCUGUACCUGUCAUCCUAUUUUCACCAAACAUGCUUUGAUUGCCCGGUAAAGGAUAAAACCUGCGGCUCGGAUGAAAACGUCUGCAAACUCGUGGUUCCGGGUAAGGUUUUAUAUAAUGCGAUUGUAAUUGAACUGUGGACUCUCGGUGCUGCCGAUUCUGCAUUGCAUUCAUCUGAGCCACGGGUGAAGUCUUAAAACAAACUUUUUGUGACCCCAGACAGUGCCGCACCGCCACCACGACAGUGUCUUGCAUCACCUCGCAUUGUUUCAUCGAAUGCACCCCAGCCACCUUUGAGAUCUUGAUACAAAAGGGCUGUAUUUAUCAUCAGGACUCUUAGAUCAGUAUUCCUUCAUUAUGUAUUUUGUAAAGCUCUGCCUAUUAUGGCUAUACUUGAUGUAUUGUAAUCUUAUUAUUCCUUGUAAAUAUUUUCCAGAGGCUGUUUUUAUGCAAGCUAUAUGACAUUUAUGUCUGUUUCUACCACCAACAAACUGUGGUACCUAAGGUAAUGAAGGUAAUGAUGUCCCAAGUCUGCCUCACUAGCAAUCUGUUGAACAGCCUGAGUGAAAUGAACAAGAGACAAAGGUUGCUGAGGUGUAAAGUGUCAUGCCUCAGAAGUGGCACAACAUACAGUUGAGGAGGUGGCUCUGUCAUACUUACCGAGUACUGUACAGGUAGCCAUACCUUAACUAUGCUGUGUCUUGUUGGCUGGUCACUUACCUAGUGUAAGAAAUGAGAAUUGCAAGUAUGCAGGAUGUAGCUUGAAGGGCACAGGAAACGUGAAUUCAUAGGAAGUAGCUCUAAGGGUACAGGGAAAGGAUUGUAUUCUAGGGCGUAGGUUUAGGGGGAGGGCUCUUAAUGCCACCAAGCCAAAAAAGGAAGAAGCAGGAAGGUGGGUGCGGCACAAUGACCCCCUGGCCACACCUGUGACCGGAUGAUCUCAGCCGAAGUACUUAGGUCACAAAGUCAAUUGCUUUGUAUCAUGUCAUCCACCAGCUGACAUGCCAUCCUUGCAGAUAUGUACAUAUUGUUGUCAUUUCAAAUGCAAUAAAAUAGUUUCGGUCA